AUGGAUUCCGUUGGAAUAAUAGUAUCUUUUACUUCCGUAGAUAUCGCAAUCAAUGUCAUGGGAAGGGUUUCUUCUUGUCGAAAUGGGUUAAAUGCCCAACAAAUUAUAGCUAAGAUUGGUAUGAAAACUACUAAGGAUAGUAGAGGUUACUCUCCUGUCUUGGUGGGCUUGAUGGUCCAUGAGGUCAAGGAUGCAGGGGAUGAGAAAGGAUUUGAUGCCAAGCCGAAGAUGAAUGAUGAGUAG